UUCCCCACCAACCCACAGGAGGGCUGGCAGCUCUACACCUCGGCCCAGGCGCCCGACGGGAAAUGCAUCUGCACGGCUGUGAUCCCCGCGCAGAGCACCUGCUCCCGCGAUGGCCGGAGCCGGGAGCUGCGGCAGCUGAUGGGGAAGGUCCAGAACGUCUCCCAGUCCAUGGAGGUCCUUGAGCUGCGGACGUACCGUGACCUCCAGUACGUGCGCAGCAUGGAGACCCUCAUGCGAAGCCUGGACGCACGACUCCGGGCGGCCGAUGGGUCCCUCUCGGCCAAGAGCUUCCAGGAACUGAAGGACAGGAUGUCGGAGCUGCUGCCCUUGAGCUCAGUCCUGGAGCAGUACAAGGCGGACACGCGGACCAUCGUGCGCCUGCGGGAGGAAGUGCGGAAUCUCUCCAGCAGCCUUGCUGCCAUCCAGGAGGAGAUGGGCGCCUACGGCUACGAGGACUUGCAGCGGCGGGUGAUGGCCCUGGAGGCCAGGCUCCAUGCCUGCGCCCAGAAGCUGGGCUGUGGGAAGCUGACUGGGGUCAGUAACCCUAUCACCGUUCGGGCCAUGGGAUCCCGCUUCGGCUCCUGGAUGACCGACACGAUGGCCCCCAGUGCGGACAGCCGGGUCUGGUACAUGGAUGGCUACUACAAGGGCCGGCGGGUCCUGGAGUUCCGCACUCUGGGAGACUUCAUCAAAGGCCAGAACUUUAUCCAGCACCUGCUGCCCCAGCCGUGGGCGGGCACGGGCCACGUGGUAUACAACGGCUCCCUGUUCUACAACAAGUACCAGAGCAACGUGGUGGUCAAGUACCACUUCCGCUCGCGCUCCGUGCUGGUGCAGAGGAGCCUCCCGGGGGCCGGCUACAACAACACCUUCCCCUACUCCUGGGGCGGCUUCUCGGACAUGGACUUCAUGGUGGACGAGAGCGGGCUCUGGGCCGUCUACACCACCAACCAGAACGCGGGCAACAUCGUGGUCAGCCGGCUGGACCCGCACACCCUCGAGGUCGUGCGGUCCUGGGACACCGGCUACCCCAAGCGCAGCGCUGGCGAGGCCUUCAUGAUCUGUGGCGUGCUCUACGUGACCAACUCCCACCUGGCCGGGGCCAAGGUCUACUUCGCCUACUUCACCAACACGUCCAGUUACGAGUACACGGACGUGCCCUUCCACAACCAGUACUCCCACAUCUCCAUGCUGGAUUACAACCCCCGGGAGCGGGCCCUCUACACCUGGAACAACGGCCACCAGGUGCUCUACAACGUCACCCUCUUCCACGUCAUCAGCACCGCCGGGGACCCCUAG